UAAUAGCUUUGAGAUGAUUGAUGCAGGAGAGGAUGAAUGGUAUAGGGUUUUCCCCGGCGGGAUACAGUCCCGUAAUCCCUUCUUCAUCCUGUUUUCCUAAAAAAUUGAGAGUCCAGCCGCAACGGGCCUUGAGCUCUGACCCCUACGUUCUGGAACUCGCCGAAACCCUAGAAGACUCCUUCCCCUCCUCUCCCUCCACCCCACUCCCUCUCCAGAACCUCCGCCUCUCCUCCUCCCAAUCCCUCCUCUCCACUCCAUGGCCCUCCCGCCGCGACGAGCCCUUCCGCUUCACCGACCUCUCCUUCAUCCGCCAAUCCCGCAUCCUCCCCGUCUCCCCCACCAUCUCCCUCCUCACUCCCACCUCCCACCUCCCCAACGACGUCUACGUCGGCUCCCUCUCCUCCUCCUCCCCCUCUCUCCUCCAACGAGUCUCCCAUUUCAUCUGCCCUUUCCCCAUCGGCGACCUCUUCUUCUCCAUCAACGGUAUCGCCGCUCCCGAUUUAACUCUCGUCUAUGUCCCCGAGGGCUGCCACGUCGACAUCCCCAUCCACUUGGACUACAUGCUCCCUCCCACUCCCUCCACCGAUGAUUCCGACGCCGCCAUGCAUCUCUCCAAUCCUAGGGUUCUGGUCGUCGUCGAGAAAGGAGCACACGUCAAUAUAAUCGAGGACUUUCCCGCUUCUCCAGAGAAUCAGAAUGACUCUUACUGGAGUAAUGCCGCAUUUGAGGCAGUGAUUGGUCAAGGUGCAAAGCUUACGCAUUCUUAUAUUCAAACUCAGUCUUUCCGUGCUGCUCACAUCAAAUGGACCUCCAUUCGCCAGGAAGCUUCUAGUACAUAUGAGCUUACAGAGGUAAGCACGGGAGGAAAACUGGGGAGGCACAAUCUUCAUAUCCAGCAAUUGGGCCCAGACACCGUCACUGAGUUAUCAACUUUGCACUUGUCUGUUGCUGAUCAAACGCAGGAUCUCCACAGUACUCUUGUGUUGGAUCAUCCACGCGGCUAUUCUCGGCAACUCCAUAAAUGCAUUGUUACACAUUCACAGGGACAAGCAGUUUUUGAUGGAAACAUUAAGGUUAACAGGUAUGCUCAGCAGACAGAUGCAGGACAGUUAACAAGAACCCUUCUGCUUGAACCUCGUGCGACUGUAAAUGUUAAACCGAAUCUUCAGAUUGUGGCUGAUGAUGUUAAGUGCUCCCAUGGAGCUGCUAUAAGCGACCUGGAAGAAAGUCAACUCUUAUAUUUCCAAGCUCGCGGCAUUGACAUAGAGACUGCUAGAAGAGUUCUGGUUUUUGCUUUUGGGAGUGAGGUGAUAGAUAAGUUUCCUUAUUCUUCCAUUAGAGACAGAGUGCGUAGUCAGAUUAAGAAUUUGUUGGAUCCAUCAUCGAAUUGAUCAUCAUUUUAGGGGUGUCCUGAAUGUAAACAUUUUAAGCUACCUGAUACAAUGAUAAACUGAAAUCACAAUGAAAAUCGUUUCCCCAAAAAUUGUUGCCUUCUGCUUCAUGUAUUUCUUUUAAUGUGGAAAAUCAUUUCCUUACUGGGUUUGUAUAAGUUAAACAUGCACCAUACUCAUUGAAACAUGCAUGGGAAGCCAUCACACUACUUUCACAA